UCUGAUGAAGAUAAACGGAAGAACAAAUUAUUGGUGGGUUCUCUCGAAGGUAAAGGCACAGUAAAAACACCACGUGUUGCAUCAGCCAUGGCGUCAGUUGUACGUGGACAUUUUAGUCCUAACAAUCCAUAUUUAGACAAACCACAGCAAGUGGGCCAUGGGGCCACUAUCAGCGCACCUCACAUGCACGGUGCCACUCUAGAGCUGAUGGUGGAUCGUCUCCAGGAGGGUGCUCGCUGCCUUGAUGUCGGCAUGGGGAGCGGAUACCUGACGGCCUGCAUGGCCAUUAUGGCAGGAAGAACAGGGUACACGGUUGGGAUUGACAUAGUUGAGGGUUUGGUGAAGUUUGCCGAAGCCAAUAUGAAGAAAGAUCCGCGUCUCAGGGAAUUAAUGGACACCAACCACUUGGUUCUGGUGUGUGCCGACGGUAAAGAUGGACACGAAGCCUUGGGCCCCUAUGACGUCAUCCAUGUUGGUGGGGCGGCACCAGAAGUACCCAGUGCACUGACCAAGCAACUCAAGGUUGGGGGCUGCCUUGUAAUGCCUGUGGGUACGGAAGAAGGACAGACUUUGAAAGUGGUGGAAAAACAGAACGGCGGUACUUUUACAGUGAGAAACGUGCUCGGUGUUAUAUACCAACAGCUUAAAUGAAUGAAUCGUGCUGACUACAUCAAAUGGACAAUUUUU